AUGUUUUUGUUGUUCGGAAUCAAAGAUACGCUUGACAAAUGUAUUGACCGCUGUUGCAAAGAAGGACGAACUCCGUGUGUGCAUCGAUUGGCGUUAAAUGUUGAAGCCGAAAAGACUCAGCAGGCUAUCAUUAAGGAUGUUGAAGAUUUCGAGCGUGGAAAUCUAAAACAUACGCAAACGGCCGAAAAGAAUACCUUGCCUGACAAAGAAGUUAUCGAGCAGGAAAAGAAGCAGGAAGAACUUAAGGCAAGCAUUGAAACUUUCGAUGCCACCAAGCUGAAGCACACGGAAACUGAGGAGAAAAAUCCUCUGCCGACACAGGAAGAUAUCCAGCAGGAGAAGACCAAUGCUUGAAGCGGACGAAUAAUUCUGAGAUUCCGAGGCACGAAAGCUUCCUUCUAUCUUCCGUCGGUAUUCAAUCGCGAAUGUAUUAUGAAUGAGGCUUUGGUAAUGGCGUGCUCGAAUUUUUUUUUUCUUUGUCUUCCAUUUUAACCGUGGUUUCUGUGAAUGUUGUUUUGCUUGAUUUGAGAUCAAAGUGGAGAAAAAGAUUUGGAUUUUCGAAUCACUUCGCGUGCCUCAGUUCGAACGAACGUCGUGUAACGUGCUCAUUGGACACAGGAAAUGUCUCGUGGCUUCUGCCUCUCCAGGAAUCAUCAAUAUGGCGUUUUUGAUUGGGUUUUCGCCUGUUGAAAAGAGCUUUGCUUUUUGUUUCUCUUGGCAACCAUUUGGAUGAACGAUUGCGUGUAAAGUUUAUUUUGAAAAGAUUGAUCUUCGGCUUAACGAUAAGUUCAUUCCAUGCCCCUGUGCGAGAUGCUGAUGGGAAAUUGUCGUAGACGAAAAGUUCCAAGUCCGGUUAUCUGCGAGCAAUCCGAGCGCUCCCAGGCGUCUUUGUACCGGUGCGAUUCGCUUGCUUUCAUAACAUUCAGUUCGUGUAGAUUUCCCGCGUGUUGAUUCCUAACGAACUCGAUUUCUCUGUUGGCUUUAUAUGUGUGGCUGCAUUUUAAGAAGGAGACAUUCAAACGAAGUAAUGUUUUAUCUUGGCUUUCCUACCUUCGUGCGGAUGAAUUUUGCUAACCUAUGAAACGUGGUUGAGAAUAAAAGUGCCGCCGAAGAGCGCCGUCAUCGACUGUCGAGAA